CCAYAAGAAGAACUGUUAAAGAAAAGAACACUCCAACCUGAACUAAUUUGAAGUGAGAUUGAAAUGGAGGAGGUUUCCCUACUUUGAGUGAAGAAGACAAGACGAGACGAACCAACAUAAAUUCCCGAAGAACGCAACGCGCGUUGGGUGAAAAGAGGAAGACCUGCAUAAAAACAAUUCAAAAUGUUUUUGUCUUCGAAAUCAAAUACGGUGAUGUUCUGGUCAAUAUGGAUGAUGCUCGCAAUCUCUAUCAUUGGCACUACUUGGUUCGUAAAAAGUUUACCAACUUGCUCAGCAUUUACAGCGGCUCAAAUUGUUUUUGAGAGCCCACAGCAGCAACGACAACGGCGGCGACAGCGACGGCGACAGCGACAACAAGACGAUCCCUGUGGCACAACCAAAUAUACUGCAAAAUCUUGCGUUCAAUCAUUAUCCGCUGUCUCUCCAAGUUUCGCGGAAGAAAUGUUAGACACCGCCGCCACAUUGUCGUCACCUACGGAUUCUACUGAACCCACAGCUCGAUCUGAAGAGUAUCCGCAGAAGAACCCCCUUAGGAUUGUGCCUCCAAACAAGGCGUUUCAAAACACUGCUGGAAAAGGGGCUGAGGUCAGCAUCGUCUCAAUGAAUCUGCUGGCACCCUUUUACAACUCCCUGCAAUUGAAUCAAAAAACGACGACCGAUUACGAGCGAUGGGAAUUCCUGGAUCACGAUCGCACACAACGCGUGCCCAUGGCCUUGAACAUGGCCAAGCGAACAAACGCCGAUGUCUUAUGUCUUCAAGAAAUUGAAGGAGGGAAGUUGGGGGAAGCUUCCGCUGGUGGGACGGGAGAAUUUACGCUGAGGGACGACAUCCGAGAAUGGUUGGCAGAACCAACCGUUCUAGAACGCUCGGGCGAUGGCAACCUCAUUGUUCUGGACGGAUACGACUCAUUUGUUUGGUCACCUCUCAAUCCUGGGAACAAACGCGGGGAUGUGGUGGGAUUGUGYAUCGCCUGGAGGUCGCAAAAACAUUCCUUGGUGAAUUGGCAGGGCUACAGACGUGGUAUGGUGUGUCGAUUAGAAGCAAGAGACAACAAUGCAGACCAAGACGACAASAGCGAAACGUACCGYCCAUCCUUCGCGCUUGCCAAUCUUCACCUACCCGCCCGACCGUCCAACGUACUCGGGAGACUCAAGACCAUGUCCCGUACGAUACAAAAAUUGUCUGGCAUCGAGUCCGAGAUGCAGAAGGAUCGCGUCACCAAAAACGCCAGCAAUGCAAACAUCCACAACACGAUCGACGGACUGAUGAUCGUGGCAGGUGACUUUAACAGCGAUCAGAAUUCUGUUGCUGCACGAUUACUCACCCAUGGAUAUACAAAUUACGGAAAUGUUCGCGAUCGAAACUACAAGGCCAAAAUCACGAAGGCAUCGGCGACCGACAUGAGCCAUCCCUAUCGCUUCCUUGAUUCGUAYGAUCACGGAGACCACCCCAACAACCAAGAUACCCGAUUCAAGAACKGCAGCUUCCGCGAUUUAUACGCACCCGUGACGGUGUCRCUGAAGGGGAGGGGACCGGGCAUCAUGGACCAUUUAUUUUAUGCAACGGGCUCCAAACAAAAACACAAUCUUUAUCCRCCAAAGAUCCGUAACACUAGAAAGAAUCCCUCUCGAGUGGCUGCCAAAACCUCAAGGGUGUCGACGGCGGAUACCCUCUCCGCAUCACUGCUGCAGCAGAGCCAAUCAAAGCGCACCAAGCGGCGAAAAAAGGGUGAAUCCCGCGGCGGGGGUGGAAACGAAGCAGUGGCAUUUGCCGCACGGUAUGCUCCGGAUCCAAGGGCGAGAAUAAAGAUAAAGUCGGUUUUGGCCACGGUAGAUGCCGAGAAUGGUGACGAGGAACGGUUGGAAAUCAUUCGGGCUGGAUUACCAAAYGCAGAAGAGGGAUUCCCGUCUGAUCAUCUUCCCGUUGGAGCUCUGUUUUCUGCGUCCGGGAAAUCAAUAGAACCCAUCGGCAACGGUGAUAAUGAUGAUGGAGGGAAUGUGGGGAGUACAAUGACCAUGCCUACUUCCGAAGCUGUUUCCGAUGCCAAUGUGCUUGGGGAAGCUGACCGAUCUSAUAAUGAGACUACCUCGGUCCUGGAAAACUCAAGUAACAGUCAAAGCAAUGGUGGCGAUAAAGGGGACAGUAACUCACGURCAAAAGGCGAUMAAACUUCGCAAGAAGGUCUCAAAGAGCGACGAAUCAAAACAUCAUUGCCUUCUGGUGUCUCUUCCAGCGUCCAGCGCCGAAGGAAUAAUUCGAGGACCUCCUACGGUUUGCGUCGCCGGCACAAUAUGGUGCUCAAUGCCAUAACGGACUGGUUGGUCGGUCGGGGGGCCACCAGCGUCGUUCUCGACAAGCCCCUAUACAAAAAUGACCUCCUGACGCGGGUUCUAGGCGAGUCGAGCCAGAAGCUCAAAAAGAAAUCCAGGGCUCCAGACCUGAUGUGCAUGGUCGUGAACGCGGGCGCUAGCACCGACAUARAGGAAUGCCUUGUGGUGGUCGAGGUAGCUGUGGCAUCGGAUCCCAACAAGGUUCGAAUGAAAAAACAAUCCAAGUACAAAGACCUGGUGGAACUCCUGACWGGGAGCAGCAGCCAACGUCAGUGCUGCUUUGCCGCCSUCGUAGUUGGAGACGACGGUCACAUUCCCGAUGGAACAAGGGCCGACAUUCGGUCUUUGGCGCAAUUGACAAUCCAGGCGAGCGGUGGUAGCAAGAGUCCAGACGAAGCAACGAAAGAAGUGGAAACAGAACUCUUUUGCACACACCUGCAGUCGCUGGUCGCAUCCCUUCGAAAAUAAAAAUAGUAACUGCUACUACUUUCUUCUUUUGCUUCAAGGGAUUCAUCGAGUAAUCUAGACGUUGCAUUUCCUUUUUAAUUCCGUGGCCAGUAUUUACUACUAGUGUGACUCUGAGAGAAACCAAUAUCCUGUUGUUUUCCCCUCUUGUAGUCCACAUUAAGUAGCAUUAUGCAUUGAUAUUCUUAGUUUUUGAUUAGGAAUUGGCCCAGCACUCCCAUUUAUAAUAGCAUUCAAAAAAGGUGAAAAACUGAAACUCACUGAAUUUUGUACUAAGAAUUAAGUUCUUGAAUGUGA